AUGCCUGCGACUUCCGUCCCCACCAACGACCAGAUCCUGGUCCCCGAGACCCUCCUGAAGAAGCGCAAGUCGCAGGAGAAGGCUCGUGCUGAGAAGUCGGCCGAGAUCGAGAAGAAGAAGAAGGCCAACAAGGAGAAGCGCGGCGUCAUCUUCAAGCGUGCUGAGAAGUACGUCCAGGAGUACCGCGAUGCGGAGCGUGAGAAGAUCCGCCUGGCUCGUGUUGCCAAGCAGAGCGGCGAGUUCUACGUCCCCGCUGAGGCCAAGUUGAUCUUCAUUGUCCGUAUCAAGGGUAUCAACAAGAUCGCCCCCAAGCCCCGCAAGAUCCUCCAGCUGCUCCGUCUGCUGCAGAUCAACAACGGUGUCUUCGUCCGUGUCACCAAGGCCAUCACUGAGAUGAUCAAGGUCAUCGAGCCCUGGGUCGCCUACGGUUACCCCAACCUGAAGAGCGUCAAGGAGCUCAUCUACAAGCGUGGAUACGGAAAGGUCAACAAGCAGCGUGUCGCCCUUACCGACAACUCCAUCAUCGAGGAGAACCUCGGCAAGUACGGUAUCAUCUGUAUCGAGGAUCUGAUCCACGAGAUCUACACCGUCGGCCCCAACUUCAAGCAGGCCGCCAACUUCCUGUGGCCCUUCAAGCUCUCCAACCCCAACGGUGGUUUCCGCCCCCGCAAGUUCAAGCACUUCAUCGAGGGUGGUGACCUGGGCAACCGUGAGGAGAACAUCAACGCCCUCAUCCGCCAGAUGAACUAA